UAAAAACUUAUACUACACUUUUUAGUAUGUUCAAGUUAAGCAGAAAGCUUUUUGGUAUAUUUACUUAAGAAAAUACAGCCUUACUGACCGCGUCUAAAAAAGAAAUAAAAGUCUUGACCAAAAAAUAUUGAAAAAUAUCGCGUUCUGCCCAAGAGUCGUUCCAUAGUUAGCCCACAACCAGAUCCACAUCGAAAUGCCCAAGGAAGACGCGGAGCCGUCCACAGGUGGCGCUCCAGUGGCCGCCAAGCAGAGCGACGUGCCGCCCGCGGAAAAUGCGAGCCACAAGGAAAGCGACGCCUCUGCCUCGGCCAGCGUCUCAGCCAGCGCGAGCAGCGCCUCGACCACGCCCCCGCCCGCCCAGGACGACGCCGAGGAGGCGGAACUUCUGGAGAGGAUGCGUGGCGAUGCAGUGGGCAGCACCAUGUUCAGCAGUCGCUUCAUCCUGCAGACGGUGAUGAAGCUGGUGGAGCUGCAGCCGGAAUCCCCUCUAGAACAGCAGCUGGAGGAUGAUCUGUGCAAGGUGUGGGACAUGUCGGUCUCCCCCGAGGUGGUCACCCUGCUCCUCGAGAACGAGGCCAUCGAUCCCAUCAUGUACUCCCUGAUGGCCGGCUGCGAGGAUGUGCGCCUCUACGAGAUUCUCAUCGGCCUCCUGGGCAACAUGUGCGCCCAGGUGGAGUGCGCCGAGCUGCUCACCUGCAGUCACAGCACCAUGGAGACGCUCUUCAAGCUGACCAACUGCAUGGACACCGCCAUGCUUAUUCAGCUGAUGCGCCUCUUCCAGUACAUCAUGGCCCACGUCCUCAGCGGCAAGGAGCAGUUCGCCGUGGACUGGUACGUCUGCUUCGCGGCCUUCGAGAACUCGGCCAAGAAUCUGGGCGGGAUUCUGCAGCACUCGGUCAGCGAUGAGCUGCUGAUAGCCGCGCUGAAGGCCACCAAUGCCGUGCUGGCCAGUUGUGCGCUGGUGGAGGAGGAGAAUGCCAAGACCACUUUGAACCUCAAGCCCUUUGCGGAGGUCUUUCUGGUGCCCGAACUCUGCGAUGGCGUCAAUAGCGCCUUCCUGCGACUCAUGCGCGAUGAUCAGGCGAAGCUUGCUGAGGAGGAGGAGAACGGAGAGGCGGGCGAAGUGCCCGCAGCAGUCGCCGCCCAGGACAGCGAUGAAGAUGCCGACGUGGGCUACGACUCGUGUGGGCCGAAGAUAACCUGUGAUGUGGAGAUCAUACAAACCUACCUCAACAUUUGCACCAUUCUGGUGCAGCUGCCCGAGGCGCAGGCCUCCAUGGAUGUGUAUGCGCCCAGCAUAGUCAGUUGUUUGGCGCGAAUACUGCAGUUUCUGCAGCAGCCGCUGCAGCUCAUUCCUUUAGGUGAACGCCAGGAGGAGUAUCUGGAGGAUCUGGCGCACAUUUGGAGUCGCCUCAAGUACUUCUAUCACAAGGAGGCCUUCUCAAACCUUCUGGAAUUGUGGUACCGACUCAAGCAGCACAUCGAUAACUACACCGGCAGCGAUCCAGAGACCAACGACUUCGAGGAGGACGAGGAGGAGGAGGAGGACGCUCCCAAGGAGCAGUACAUUGAGAAUGCCUUCAAGCUGCUGCGCCUGCUGGCCUGCAUGGUGAUAAAGGCGGAGAACUCGGAUCUUCAGGAGAUCGGCGACGAGAAGGUGCAACUUUUUGUGUCCGCUUUGAAAGCCGAAGAGGAAGAUGCAAUCUUCUCGAAGGCCCUCGAAUGCCUGAGCGACAAGGUGGACAAGGAGUCGGGCCAAGCCUAGGGAAUACAUUUACCUCCAUAAAAAGGAAAGACAAAAAUGACUGAGAUUGUAGCUUGCAGCACAAUAUAUAUCCGUAACUUAGUGA